AAAGGAUACACUCGGAAAUUCGGGAUUGAUCUGAUCUAAACGGCUCGCUUUAUGCAGUCCUCGUCAUCGGUGUGAACCAGAAAACAAAGUUCGAUACUGCUUUCUCUCUCUCUUCUCCAUUCCAGUCUCCUCCUCACUGACAUCUUUCGCGAACCAGGAUAAUCCGAAUUCUAGACAUUCAGUGCUCAAAUGGGCAGCAUUAGUUCUGAGAAAUUAAGGUUUUGCAUUGACCGAGGGGGCACGUUUACUGAUGUAUAUGCUGAACUCCCUGAUCAAACUGAAGGUCGUGUUAUGAAACUAUUAUCUGUCGAUCCUUCUAACUAUGAUGAUGCUCCAGUUGAAGGUAUCCGUAGAAUUUUGGAAGAAUAUACUGGGGAGAAAGUCCCUCGGUCUUCCAAGAUUCCCACUGACAAAAUUGAGUGGAUACGCAUGGGUACAACUGUGGCUACAAAUGCCCUUUUAGAGAGAAAAGGAGAGAGGAUUGCCCUAUGUGUUACUCAAGGAUUUAGGGACCUGUUGCAAAUUGGAAACCAGGCUCGUCCGAACAUAUUUGACCUCACUGUAUCCAAGCCUUCAAAUCUUUAUGAAGAGGUUUUGGAGGUUGAAGAAAGAGUUGAACUCGUUCUUGAUACGGAAGAGAACGUCAACUCAUCACAUGUAGUCAAAGGUGUUUCAGGUGAAUUAGUGAGAGUUGCAAAGCCUUUAAAUGAAGGAUCUUUGAGGCCUUUGCUGAAAGGACUGUUGGAUAAGGGAGUAAGUUGUCUAGCUGUCGUGUUGAUGCACUCUUACACCUACCCACAGCAUGAGAUCUCUGUGGAGAAAUUAGCCUUGAGCAUGGGCUUUAGACACGUAUCUCUAUCAUCGGCCUUGACACCUAUGGUUCGAGCAGUUCCACGGGGUCUAACUGCCAGUGUGGAUGCAUAUCUUACCCCAGUUAUCAAAGAUUACUUGUCUGGAUUCAUAUCCAAAUUUGAUGAAGGCUUGGGGAAGGUUAAUGUUCUUUUUAUGCAAUCAGAUGGAGGUCUAGCACCUGAAAGUAGAUUUUCAGGUCAUAAAGCAGUUUUAUCAGGCCCUGCUGGGGGUGUUGUUGGUUACUCGCAGACUUUGUUUGGUAUUGAAACAGAUAAGCCUCUUAUUGGGUUUGACAUGGGGGGUACAUCCACGGAUGUCAGUCGUUAUGCUGGUGGUUAUGAACAAGUGCUUGAAACUCAGAUUGCUGGAGCAGUUAUUCAGGCACCUCAGCUUGACAUAAACACUGUUGCUGCUGGUGGAGGAUCAAAGUUAAAAUUCCAGUUUGGAGCCUUCAAGGUGGGACCAGAAUCAGUAGGGGCUCACCCUGGCCCUGUGUGCUACAGGAAAGGAGGUGAAUUAGCAGUUACAGAUGCUAAUUUAGUGCUGGGUUAUGUUAUUCCUGAAUAUUUUCCUUCUAUUUUUGGACCCAAUGAAGACCAGCCUUUAGAUGUUCAUGCAACCAGAGAAGAGUUUAAGAAGCUUGCUGAGCAAAUAAAUUCACACAGGAAGAGCCAAGACUCAUCAGCAAAAGACAUGUCUGUCGAGGAGAUAGCUCUUGGGUUUGUCAAUGUUGCAAAUGAGACAAUGUGUCGUCCAAUACGUCAAUUGACAGAGAUGAAAGGCCACGAGACGCGGAACCAUGCUCUUGCUUGUUUUGGAGGUGCUGGACCCCAACAUGCCUGUGCUAUUGCUAGGGCGUUGGGCAUGAAAGAGGUAUUAAUCCAUAGGUUCUGUGGUAUACUAAGUGCGUAUGGAAUGGGACUAGCUGAUGUUGUAGAAGAGGCUCAAGAGCCAUAUGCUGCUGUUUAUUGCAGUGAAUCGGUUCAGGAAGCUUCAUGUAGAGAAGCCAAGUUGCUGGAGCUGGUAAAACACAAGCUGCAAGAACAAGGUUUUAGAGAAGAGAGCAUCAAAACUGAAACUUAUUUGAAUCUGAGGUAUGAGGGUACGGAUACAGCCAUCAUGGUCAAAAAACAAGAAAGUGAUGGUGGAUCAGCAUUUGACUACGCUACUGAAUUUGUGAAGCUGUUCCAGCGGGAGUAUGGAUUCAAACUGCAGAACAGGAACACUCUUGUCUGUGAUGUAAGAGUUCGGGGUGUAGGAGUCACUAAUAUCUUAAAACCCAAAGCUCAGAACCCUGCUUCAGGAAGUCCAAACAGUCAAUGUGUAUGCAAGGUUUAUUUUCAAAAUGGGUGGCAAGAGGCCCCCGUGUUCAAGCUUGAAAAUCUGGGUUACGGUCAUGCCAUCCCUGGGCCUGCUAUUAUCAUGAAUGGUAACAGUACGGUGAUUGUGGAGCCAAAUUGUAGAGCUAUGAUAACAAAGUACGGAAACAUCAAAAUUGAAAUCGACUCAAUAUCAAACAUAACAAAAGUUUCGGACAAAGUUGCGGAUGUGGUGCAGCUUUCAAUUUUCAAUCACAGAUUUAUGGGGAUAGCUGAGCAGAUGGGACGGACUCUACAGAGGACUUCAAUAUCAACAAACAUUAAGGAACGGCUAGAUUUUUCCUGUGCUCUAUUUGAUCCUGAUGGAGGGCUUGUAGCUAAUGCUCCUCAUGUUCCUGUGCACCUCGGUGCUAUGUCAAGUACUGUUUGUUGGCAAUUGAAGUACUGGGGUGAUAACUUGAAUGAAGGAGAUGUUCUGGUCACCAAUCAUCCUUGUGCUGGCGGUAGUCAUCUACCUGAUAUAACUGUUAUCACUCCUGUAUUUGAUAAUGGAAAACUGGUGUUUUUUGUUGCUAGUAGAGGACAUCAUGCUGAAAUUGGAGGUAUUACUCCUGGAAGCAUGCCCCCUUUCUCCAAGGCUAUAUGGGAAGAAGGGGCUGCCAUCAAAGCCUUCAAACUUGUGGAAAAGGGUAUGUUUCAGGAGGAAGGUAUUGUAAAACUUCUCCAGUACCCAUGUUCUGAUGAUCCUGCUCAUAAGAUCCCAGGAACUCGAAGGCUCCAAGACAAUUUAUCAGAUCUCCAUGCACAAGUAGCUGCUAACCAAAGAGGCAUUUCUCUUAUCAAAGAGCUUAUUGAACAGUAUGGUUUGGAGACUGUAAAUGCAUACAUGAAAUAUGUACAGCUCAAUGCAGAAGAAGCCGUCAGAGAAAUGCUCAAAUCAGUGGCGGCUAAAGUGGCAUCCCCAUCUGGUGGGCCUGAAGCAGGGGGUAUAGUGACCAUUGAAGAAGAAGAUUACAUGGAUGAUGGUUCUACUAUUCAUCUUAAACUUACAAUUGAUUCAAACAAGGGAGAAGCUUUCUUUGAUUUCUCUUCGACAAGCCCAGAAGUAUAUGGUAAUUGGAACGCACCAGAAGCAGUUACAGCAGCUGCAGUCAUAUAUUGCCUUCGCUGUUUGGUAAAUGUUGACAUUCCUCUGAAUCAAGGCUGUCUUGCCCCUGUAAAAAUUUAUAUUCCACCAGGUUGUUUUCUUUCUCCGAGUGACAAAGCUGCCGUGGUGGGAGGCAAUGUCCUCACAUCCCAGAGAGUCACUGAUGUCAUACUCACUGCAUUCCAAGCAUGUGCUUGUUCUCAAGGUUGCAUGAAUAAUCUGACUUUCGGGGAUAACACAUUUGGUUACUAUGAGACUAUUGGAGGCGGAUGUGGGGCCGGUCCAACCUGGGAUGGAACUAGUGGUGUACAGUGUCACAUGACAAAUACUCGUAUGACUGAUCCAGAGAUUUUUGAGCAGAGGUACCCAGUGAUUCUGCACAAAUUUGGUCUCAGAGAGAAUAGUGGAGGUGACGGGGUUCACAGAGGAGGAGAUGGGCUUGUAAGAGAGAUUGAAUUUAGGCGGCCAGUCAUAGUGAGCAUUCUUUCCGAGAGACGUGUUCAUGCUCCAAGAGGAUUGAGAGGAGGAAAAGAUGGGGCUCGUGGUGCUAAUUACCUAAUUACUACUGAUAAGAGGAAAAUUUAUCUAGGAGGUAAAAAUACCAUUCAUGUACAGGGGGGAGAAACUGUUGUGAUUUUAACUCCUGGAGGAGGUGGGUUUGGUUCUUCUCUCUAGAAGUUAGAUGCUGCCCAUUGAACUGUCGAUGUGUACUGCACAAAGGUACGCCUGCAUUAUUUGAAAUAGUUUCCUUUGUUUGUCCAAGGACAUGAUCACCCGAACAAUAACAACCCUUUUUUUUUACGAGGUGAAAAUAACAGCAAUAACUGAACAAUGAAAAGUUUGUUGCUAAUUGUUGUAUUACCUGUAUGUUAAAUGAGAAAAAGGUCACACAUACCUCAGUUCAUAUUCACUGUUUUGUCCACUUUGUAGUGCAUUUUAACUGAACAAUGAAAAGUUUUUUUGCUAAUUGUUGUACUUGGUAUAAUGGAAUUUUAUAUUAUGAUUCUCAUUA